AUGAAGGCAGGAAUCUCUGUCGCCGAAUACCUCUUCCGCCGUCUGCGCGAGGCAGGAUUAAACGCUGUGCAUGGCGUGCCUGGCGAUUACAACCUAAGGCUCCUGGACUACGUGAUUCCCUCCGGACUCGAAUGGGUCGGCAACUGCAACGAACUAAAUGCCGGAUACGCCACGGAUGGCUACGCACGUAUCAAGGGCAUCGGAGCAGUGGUGACAACCUUCGGCGUCGGCGAGUUAUCAGCUAUUAAUGCGAUUGCUGGCGCGUAUGCGGAGAUGGCACCCGUUGUGCAUAUCGUUGGAACUCCGAAUCGAGGCGACCAGCAAAAUGGUGUGAAGCUUCAUCAUACGUUCUGUCGUGGGCAGCCGGGGGAUUACAGGAUCUUUGCGGAGAUGUAUGAGAAGGUUACUGUUGCGCAGGAGAAUAUCACGGAUGUGGUCACUGCUGCUGCCCAGAUUGACCGUGUUAUUCGCGAGUGUUUACUUCAGUCGCGGCCUGUAUAUGUCCAGGUUCCUAUGGAUAUGGUGGAUGCUAUCAUCCCGGGAAAUCCUCCUGCGCAGGCUUUGGAUCUUUCCCCGGCUUCUGGCAAUGCAAGAAUCGAAGAAGAGGUUUGCGAUAUCGUCCUUGAUCGCAUAAGGACUUCCUCAAAACAAUUCAUAUUGGUGGAUGCCGGGACUUCGCGCUAUGGGCUUUCCGGUCAGACGGAUGAACUCAUCAAAGCCACUGUGUUCCCGACUGCUACGACACCGUUUGGCAAGGGAAUCGUUGACGAGACUUUGCCUAAUUUCCAUGGAAUCCAUGGGACCGUCGGACCCCACACGUUCACUUCUUAUGUCGACUCCUGUGACCUUAUCAUCAAUAUCGGACCGGCUCACAGUAAUGUCAACACAUAUUAUUUCGCCACUGUCCCCAAGCCGGAGGUGACCAUCUCGAUCGAGAGAGAUGCUAUUCACAUGGGUGACCGCACGUGGAAGGUGUCUCCACAAAGAGUCCUCCAAAGAGUUCUUCAAAACCUUAAGGAGAACCCGCUUGCCAAACCCGCCUCAUAUCCCGACCUACCUAAUCUGCAUCAGGCCCUCCAGUCCCUUCCUCCCGUCAUUCCAACCGCUAAAUUAACGCAAGACACAUUCUGGUAUCGCAUGUCCUCCUUCUUCCGCGAAGGCGACAUCAUCCUCACCGAAACCGGAACCGCUAGCAACGGAAGCCGUGAUUUCGUUCUACCCAAGAACACAACCCUCAUCAACUCCGGUAUCUGGCUAUCCAUUGGAUACAUGCUUGCCGCGACACAAGGAGCCGCUCUUGCCCAGCGACACCUUACUCAUUCUGCCAGCCCACUGUCCAAGGGUCGAACGAUUCUCUUCGAGGGCGAUGGCAGUUUCCAAAUGACAGCUCAAGAGCUGAGCACUAUUAUCCGCCAGAGAUUGGAUGUCAUCAUCUUCAUCAUCAAUAACAAUGGGUACACGAUCGAGCGACUUAUCCACGGUCCGCAAGAAUCGUAUAAUGAUGUCGCAUCAUGGCGAUUCUUGGAAGCCCCGUCGUUCUUUGGUGCGGAGAAGGCGGAUCCUUGUUAUCCGAUUUACACAGCGAGAGCGACGACGUGGGGAGAGCUGGAUAGUGUUUCGGCCAGAGAUGAGAUGCGCGAUGGAACGGGGUUGAGGAUGGUGGAGUUGAUGAUGGAUGUGAUGGAUUCUAAUGACACGCUGAGGCUGAUGCUUGAGUUGUGGAAGAGCAAAAAAGCCGAAUAGUUGAACUUUGUCUACGAAAACCGCGGUAUGCUCUAUCCAUCCCGUGGCAUGGUACAAGAAAUACAUCUCCGGCAUUUGCUCACAG